AUGCCGGGCACCGGGCACCACGACACGCCGGAGCCCCCGGCCCCCGCCAUGCCACCGGAGCCCACGGUCAACAUCUUCCAUAGGGAGGCUCCAACCACUGACCCCACCACCCAGCCCUGGCCAGGACCAUCCCCCCAGCCUGAGAUCCCGGCCCCCAGCACCCCCCGGGAGACCUGGGCCAGGAAGCACGAGUUCGUGCUGUCCUGCCUGGGCUACUGUGUGGGGCUGGGCAACGUCUGGCGCUUCCCCUACCUAUGCUACCGCAAUGGAGGAGGCGUCUUCCUCAUCCCCUACUUUAUCAUGCUGCUGGGCAUGGGGCUGCCCCUCUUCCUGAUGGAGCUGAGUCUGGGCCAGUACGGGGCUGCGGGGCCCAUCACUGUCUGGAAGUGCUGCCCGCUCCUGAGAGGCGUCGGUGUUUCCAUGCUGAUUGUGUCCUCCCUGGUGUCCCUCUACUACAACGUCAUCAUCGCCUGGGCUUUCUACUACCUGGGCUCCUCCUUCCAGAGCCCCCUGCCCUGGUCCUGCCAUGCCCCCGCGAACGAGGGCCUCUGCCAGAACACAUCGGGGAGCUCCAGCGCCAGUGAGGUCUUCUGGAACGAGCGGGUGCUGGGGGUGACCCACAGCUCCGGCCUCGGGGACCCUGGCACCGUGCAGUGGCCCCUCGCCCUGUGCCUGCUGGCGGCCUGGACCCUCGUCUUCCUCUGCAUGCUGCGGGGCAUCCGCAGCUCGGGCAAGGUCGUGUACUUCACAGCCACCUUCCCCUACCUGGUCAUCCUCAUCCUCAUCAUCCGCGGGGCGACGCUGGAUGGGUCCCUCGAUGGCGUCCGCUUCUACCUCUCCUCGGACUGGAGCAGGCUGCAGAGCGCACAGGUGUGGAGUGAUGCAGCCUCGCAGAUCUUCUACUCGCUGGGCAUCGGCUUCGGGGGGCUGCUCUCCAUGGCCUCCUACAACAGGUUCAACAACAACGUCAUCCGGGACACCCUGGUCAUCGCCAUUGGGAACUGCUGCACCAGCUUCCUCACCGGCUUUGCCAUCUUCUCGGUGCUGGGGCACAUGGCCCAGACAAAACACGUCCCCGUGGGCAGCGUCGUGGACUCAGGCCCCGGGCUGGCGUUCGUGGCGUACCCUGAAGCCCUGUCCCUGCUCCCCGGCUCCCCGCUCUGGUCCAGCCUCUUCUUCCUGAUGCUCCUCACGCUGGGAGUGGACACUCUGUUCGGGAACAUCGAGGGCAUCACCACAGCCAUCCUGGAUGAGUUCCCAGCCCUGCGUGACUGGAAGAGGAAGACAGCAUUGCUGGGGGGUCUCUGCACUGCCUUCUAUCUGCUGGGGCUCCUGCUCGUCACUCAGGGAGGCAUCUUCUGGUUCACCCUCAUCGACACCUACAGCACCGGCUUCGGGCUCAUCAUUGUCACCCUCUUCAUGUGCCUGGGCAUCGCCUUCUGCUAUGGCGUGAACCAGUUCUGCAGGGACAUCAUGGACAUGAUCUGCCUGUGCCCGCCCUGGUGCAGCCACAUGCUGGGCUACUUCAGGGUGUGCUGGACCUUCCUCACGCCCUGCCUGCUGCUGUUCACGCUCAUCUACACCUUCAUGGACAUGCACAACAUGCCCCUGCGCUACGGCACCUAUGAGUACCCAGCCUGGGGAAUGAGCCUGGGCAUCUGCAUGGGCGUCCUCACCUGCCUGCAGAUCCCACUCUGGGCUCUGGUGGCCCUGGGGCGUGAGUCGGGGACACUGAGCGAUCGCUUCCAGAAAGCCAGGCAGCCGCUGCACUCCUGGAGGACGGCCACCGCGCGGGACGUGGCCGGGGACGUCAUCGACGUGCCCUUCACCAUCACCCUGACCAGCAGCGACUUCGUUGCGAUGUUCCACAGCAACAGCGGACACUGA